UUGGCUGCUUUGGAAAACUAGCUUACCCUUUACUUCUCAAACUGAUGGUCACAAAAAAAGUAAUUGCUGAUGCUAUAAUUUGUUCCCAUCACGCAAUCUUAAGCAGUUUCGUGAAGUCCAAAGCAGCUACACAGGGCUACAUGUGGUCUUCUUCAAGCUACUUGGUGUUUUUUACUUGAAACUUUUCUUGAGAGUCUAUGACGUCACAUACUUCGAGGAGGUACAAGAAAGUCUGCGCUCCGACUUCUGUCUCAAUCUGGGUUUCGCACCAUUGACAUCUUCGAUCUCCUGCUCUGACUGGAAUACACCCUAAUCAAGAAAACAAUGAUGGAAAUGGUUGUGACCAGCACCCCACUUUACGCCUGGAUGAACACUCUUGAAAACAUUUCAUCUCCCGACAACCAAACAGAUGAGGAAUAUGAAGACGAGCUCGCGAACCUCAGGCACUCUCUCAACACCAUGUCCCUCAUCGUUUACUGCUUGGCCUUUGUGCUGGGCGUGCUUGGAAACGGAGUGGUCAUCUGGGUAACAGGAUUCAAGAUGAAGAAGACAGUCAACACAGUAUGGUUCCUCAAUCUGGCUGUGGCUGACUUCCUCUUCACUGCCUUCCUUCCCCUGAGUGUGACCUACACUGCUAUGGGCUUCCACUGGCCCUUUGGCAAGUUUAUGUGCAAGCUCAAUAGCACCGUCAGCUUCCUCAACAUGUUUGCUAGUGUCUACAUACUGGUUGUGAUCAGUGCGGACAGGUGCGUGUCUGUGGUGUGGCCAGUCUGGGCUCAGAACCACCGGAGCGUGCGCAAGGCAUCCUGUGUGAGCCUGGGUAUCUGGCUGCUGGCCCUGGUCCUCAGCGCACCUUACUUUGUGUUCAGGGACGUGGGCGCUUCCUACCACGAUGAAGACAUUGUCAACUGCUUCAACAACUUCGUCUUCUCCGAUGACUACGAGACAGCCGCGGUGGUGGAGCUGCGGGCGUUCCGCCACCAAGCGAUGACCAUCACACGGUUCCUGCUGGGGUUCGUGGUCCCCUUCUCCGUCAUUGUCUCCUGCUACGCCAUCAUCAUCCACCGUCUGAAGAGAAACCGUACCCUGGCCAGCCACUCCGGCCGCACCUUCAAGAUUAUUGCAGCAGUCAUCACUGCCUUCUUCCUGUGCUGGGCCCCUUACCACAUCUUCUCUCUCAUAGAGAUGGUGAAUCAUAUGUCUGCUGAGUUCAGCGACACUUUAGACCAUGUGACCACCAUCGGGAUCCCAAUAUCCACCAGCUUGGCUUUUCUCAAUAGCUGUUUGAAUCCUCUGCUGUAUGUGUUCAUGGGCCAGGAUUUCAAAGACAAGGUUCGCAAGUCCAUCCUGAAGGUACUGGAGAGUGCCUUUACUGAGGAAGUGUCUCCCUCAAACACUUUUACAAAUUCAGGAAUCACCAGUCGCAGCAAGGAGAAGUCUUUCUCCGAUGCUGAGGUAUAGAGGUUCAUGGGAAGUUGAGGCAAUUCUUUAUGAACAAUUGAACAUUUCCGUACAGCUGGUUCGGAGGUUAGGUUUCAGAUUCAACCUCAUGUCAUCUGGAAUGGAAACACUGAGCAAGAUCAACACCUGGAGUUGAUAUCAACAAAAUUGACUUGCAGAGUUUUGCGACUAUAUAAUCUGAUAAAUGUCAUGAGAUGUGUCAUGUGAAUGUCUUGUCAAUGUCAUGUUUAUGUCCACAUUCAAUAGUUUCUAUUGUCCAACGUUGAGAUUCUAAUAGUCUGUAUUAACCAUUUUCACAUACAAAAUGUUAUAGAAAUUUGUGUUUCUUACUUUGGCUGUUUUACAUAUUUUCAGUGUUUUUUUUAUAUUGAUUAAAAAACAUCUCUUUUCAUUGA